AUGCUCUUUUACCCUUGGACAGAUUUCACUGUUUCCAAGUCCCCCGACGGGGGAUUCGCGCCACUAUGGAAUUAUACGAGUUGCCUCUUCACCUCUAUGAAACCGGUGCGUAAUGUUACGUACAUUAAAUGGGUCGGUGGAGGUCGGUGGUCCGUCGAUAUGACCACGUUUCAAUCGGCAUCGAUCGUCUCAUCACAAGAUCGGGCUCCGGAGUCCCGGACUCGCUCAGAAAUUUGUAUUGAACUUGGAGAAAUAGCCCCCAGUGGUCAUUGCGACGCGAGCCCUUAUACCAACAGAUGA